AUGACGUCAUCACGUGUCGUAAUAAUUUUCAUUUCAGGCCCUACCUGCCCCGCUACUAUUAACGUCACUUCCGCUGGUGAGAACCUGACGUCACCGGGAUAUCCGUCGUUUUACGAUCCUGUUAAUCUUUUAUGUACGUUGUACCGCAUUCUGCCGGAAAACGACGAAGCAUUGCUGUUGGUAUUCAAUGUUUUCUCCGUAGACCAGUAUUACUCGUGUGAGGGUUAUGCUUGCUGUAGAGACUACGUUCAGGCAUGGAGUACUGUUGUGGGCAACAUCGUUUUAACCUGUUCUGCAGGGUUUUUGAACAUCCAGAUACUCACAAAUACUGAGCUGCUCUUAGAUCUGAAUCGGCUUGGCACGGUCGAAUCUCAAGGUUUUCAUGCAACUCUAGAGGCGUACGACAGAAACGAUUGCGGGGGCCACUUUAUAGCCGGGAAUGGGAAUAUCACCUCCCCGUCCUACCCCAGCAAUUACCCAGAUAGAAGCAUCUGUGUUUACGAAAUUCGAGCAGCAGACACAAGUCGAGACGUUUUGUUACAUUUUGUAGACUUCCAAUUAGAGGCCCACUCCAACUGCAUUUGGGAUCGCAUUAAGGUUCGACACGUGUUCCCCAAUGGCACAACCGGCGAGAUGACUGUUUGUGGGUCCACCUUACCUGCAGAUGUCAUUGCAAAGACAAUUUCAGUUCUUUUCUACGCAGACUAUUCGGAAAAUCGACGAGGGUUUCGUGCUGCAUAUUCUGUUUACCAACCACCUACAAUUGCACCUGUAACGCUCCUGGAUGAGGAUGUGGAAUUAGUCAAUCGGAAUCAAAGAGCUGAAGCAACCACACAAAAUUCAUCUUCGAUGACAACUAUCAUGCCAAUUGAGGCGAUGAUGUCGACAUAUAUUACCCCAAAGACCAAUGUAGAGUCCAGACAUAUCUCUUUAGGAUCGACAGUGAUUUAUACGGAAGAAAUCCCAAAUAUCACAGAUAUUUCUACAGGAACCGUUGCGGAGCCCAUUACAACAGUUUUUAUCACGGAUGUCAGAUCGACUUUCGCAGAUAUUUCGACACAAGUAAACCCAGAACUAAUAUUUAUGUUCACAGAAGUGAGUUCGAUUUCUACAGAUAUUUCGAAAGAAACCAACUCAGAGUCAACAUCUAUGCUUAGAGAGAUCAGCUCCACUUUCACGAAUACAAACUCGGAACCAACUGAAACGAGUUCAAGUUCUACAGAAGUUUUGACAGAAACCAGCUCGGUGUCAACAUCAGUGCCCAUUAAAACCAGCUCAGAUUCCACAGACAUUUCAACAGAAACAAUAUUAGAACCAACCAAAACUAGUUCUCCCGGAAAUUCGACAGAAGUCAUCUCGGAAGCAACACUUAUGCCAAUAGGAACCAGCUCAAGUUUGACAGAUACCUUAGCAAACACAAUCUUGGACACAAUGGCGUUUCUAGAAAGGAGUUUGAGUUCUACAGAAAUUUCGACAGAGCCAAGCAGGGAAAAUACGGUAAUGCGCACAGAAUCUGUUUCCAGUUCCACGUAUACUUCGACAGAAAAGAGUGUGACGUCACCCAUCAUUCCUAUAGAUGAGUCCUUACACGUUAUGGCCAGUUUAACAGAGAUGACUCUUUCAUAUAUGCCCAGUGCAACUAAAAUUUCCACAGAAUCCAACUUAGAAACCUCAACAGCCAAUACUUUAUCCGUGGUCGUAUCAAGGCGAGUGCCUGCGGAAACAGGCGAGUUGGAUUCACCAACAGAUGGUCCAGGAUUAUUUUCGUCACAAUCAGCCAUAACAUCGCCAACACAAUCAGCCAUAGCAUCGCCGACACAAUCAGCCAUAACAUCGCCAACACAAUCAGCCACAGCAUCGCCAACACAAUCAGCCAUAACGUCGCCAACACAAUCAGCCAUAGCAUCGGCAACACAGUUAGCCAUAACAUCGCUAACGCAAUCAGCCAUAACAUCGCCAACACAAUCAGCCAUAGCAUCGCCAACCAACUCCAGUUCCACGUUGACGACCGAUGCCUUUGACCCCAACGUCACCAUGACAACAAGCCAAGCCCAGCCGCAAUGCCCUCCAUUGCCUCCCAUACCCAACGCAAAUGUUAUCUACAGCGUGGGUGUGGGGUUUCCGCUUGAAAAUGGAACAGUCGCCGUAGUUGAUUGUCCUGAAGGAUACAGACUGAACACAAGACAGGACAAUGUCACCUUGGUGUGCCUGGACAGUUUGGCGUGGAACCUGACCGCUAACAUCAUCUGCGAGAGUGAGUAA